AUGGAAGGCUCCAUAGGCUGCCCGCUACUGUUCGGUGGGGUGAUCCUGUCAUUCAGCCUGUGUGCCUCUGCUGUGGUCCUGCAAAAGAUCGAGUAUUACCAGAAUCCUCAACUUACCUGCACGCAGGGCCUGACAGACUGCAGAGUGGAAGCUGAGGAUCUGUUCAGGCGUGGCUCAGGUGUGGAUGUGAGCAGGUUGGAGCUCAAGGCAUUGCUGUGCUGCAGCAGGGGAAGGGACUGCAGGCCUUGCAUACAGAUUCGUAUUUACCUCACUGCCACAGCACUCCAAGAUGACCAGGAGCUGUCAGGUUACCGGAUAGAUGAAGAAGUCAAAGAGAGAGAGGAGGGAGGGGGAAGCGGCCAGGAUAGCCUUCCCAACCAGACAGAAGCUUCAAUAAAUGUGUGUUACACCGUCCCAAGCUCUUUAAAUGAGUGCAAGACACUAGAGUUCACACUGCCCCCUAGUGCCGUGGAGGACCGUAAAUCUGGGAUGUGGCUGUCACUGGUGGUAUCUGAUAAGCUGUUGUUUGGCAGCCCUGUGUUUGUUACUGCCGAAUCCACCCACGGAAACAUCACUGUACCCUCGGAGAAAGAUGUGUGUUCCCCAGCCCUGAAGAGGAUUGUGACUGAAUGUAAUGUGCCCAGACUGCUCACUGUGAUUGACCAGGAGAAGGGCGUGGCCACACUACAGUUGGCUGAGGAGGACCUGAACUACUCCCUCCCAAUGGGAGUGUGUCUGUUAUAUGGAGAGAGGGGAGGCUGCAGAUACCAGCAAUUGAACUCAACAAACGAGAAGAUUAUGAUCCCACUCCAGUCUGUCACUCCCUGCCUGUGCUUUCAGGUGUGGUGGAUUAAAGAUAAUGCACUGCGUGUGAACAGCUGUCCCUUUGUGAACUACACAGAGUUCCUCAAGAACAUGUGGGACAACGUGUCAGUGUCUGUGGUUCCCGUGCAGACCAGCAGCAAUGGCACAGCCCUGUCCUGGACCCUCAGCGCCCCCUGUAGGGUGGAGGCAGAACUGUGGCUGUGCAGGAUGGGAAAGGGAGGGGUCGGGCAGGAAUGUGGAGAGAUUGAUGGCUCCAGGCUGCGACUGCAGGACAGCAUACUGUCAGACUGGCAAGUGAACAGUGAAGGGCACUGGAUAAAAGGAGAAUUUAGCUAUACAGAUCCUCAUCCUUCCUUGUGUGUGCUGGGAAAAGUGCCAGGAAUGCUCAGUGACCUCGGCCCUUUGUGUCCGUUUGCAGCCCCAAAAGGUCACUGGAGCCUGCCAGUUCUGGUCAGUGUGCUAUUACUGUGUCUGACAAUCCUAGGAGCCUACCUACUGCAGAGCACUCUUAAAGGCUGGGUGUGGAAGUGCUUCAAAGAUGAGGACGUAAGAGGUGCUGUUGGGGGUGGGCAGGUGGUGCUGCUGUACCCCCCAGACCCAGACCAGACCCUCCCCGGGCUGGUGAGCAGACUGGGCUCCUCGCUGUCGGCCCUGGGCUUCAGCGUGUCUCUGGACCUGUGGAGCCGGGGGGAGCUGAGCAUCCUGGGGCCCGUGCCCUGGCUGCACUCCCGGCUGGACCGGCUGCAGAGGCACGGGGGCAAGGUGGUGCUGAUCCUGACGCGCGCCGCCCUGGAGAGGGCAGAGGAGUGGGGCCGCUGGGGCAGGGACAGGGACGGGGCCUCUGAACGAGGGAAGGACGGCGAGGAACACGAGGAAUCCCUCACGUCGCACAGCUCCCCGUACGCCGACGUCUUCAGCGCGUCGCUCAGCUGCAUUCUGGCGGACUACCUGCAGGGCCGCGCCGGAGAGCGCUUCGUGCUGGCGCAGUUCGAGUCUCUUCCCCCCCUCCCCCUGGGGAACGGCCAGCCCCUGCCGGAGCUCUUCAGGGGCCUGGCCCUGUACAGCCUGCCCUCGCAGUGCCUGGGCUUCCUGACGGAGCUGGCUGUGGCCCGCGGGGGGCCCGGUCGCCGGCGCAGGGCGGGGGGAUUGCGCGCGGCCUCGCGGGCGCUGGCAGUAGGGCUCCGGGGUUUCGGGAGCUCAGGGGGAUUCUGGCUCCAGGGGUUCUCCCAGGGCGCUGCCACUGCUGGGGUGGAGGACGCAUGGGAAACCGUGCCCCUACAGCCAUGUCACACACCCCCACCAUCCAGCCCUAGCUCCAGCCCCAAGUCAGGCAACAUGGCUUGGGUGUAGGGGGGAAGGGUGAGGAGUUAGGGAUCAGUUCCACAUGUACCAACAAAGAAACGCACUCCAAAUGCAGCCUGUAGCUCAGGCAUCAAUGAUAAAGGAGUAUUCCAGUCUUGCUUGUGUCAGAGUUCAUGCAAACACUGGAGGCCUAUUUUCACCUCCCUGGAUCUGAAUCAUGAAUUCCAGAAUUAUUGCACUACCACUUUUGUAUCAGUGAGCACUUUAUUAGGUAUCUACUAGACUUAUUUUUUUUUACUUAUUUGUCUUCUUGCUGUAGCCUAUCCACUUAAGAGUUUUGAUGCGUUUAGAGAUCUUCUGCAUACCACUGUUGUAAUGUGUGGUUAUUUCUCUGGAUGUUUUUUGUUUACGCACCAUUCUCUGCAAUCUCUGGAAACUGUUAUGCAUUAUAUCCCAGGAGAUCAGCAGUGUCAUGUCACGUUCAAAGUCACUUAGUUCACAUUUCUUCCCCAUUCUGACAUUUGGUCUGAAAAACAACUGAACCUCUUGACCAUGUCUGCAUGCUUUUAUGCAUUUAGUUGCUGCCACAGGAUUGGCUGAUUAAGUAUUUGUUUUAACAAUCUGGUGUACAGGUCUACCUAGUAAAGUGCUCAGUGAGUGUAUAUUAGCUGUACAUUCAAGAAGGAUCCCCCAUUAAUACCAAAGGACCCUCCCGACCUAUUUAGACGUGCUGGACAUUUUGGACUGCAGGCACAGGCCCACCAGAGAUGCUGUUGAGCUGGGCAUACCUUCCUGAGCAAUGCUAUUUCCAAUUAUGCAACGCGCCACAGUUGGCAUAGUGAUUGACCUGAAAAAAAUCCUUAACAUGGAAUCUCUCAUUUAUUCAAAAUUAAACCUUUUUUGUUCCUGGGUGACUAGCUAAAGCUCAGGAACAAAAUGCCUCCUGGGUCAGUAAGGAAUUGGGCUUGUUUCAACAUGCUCAUUGUUGUAUCCACUGACAGUAUUAUAGGGGGUGUUUACAUUACAUUACAUUACAUUACGUGGCAUUUAGCAGACGCUCUUAUCCAGAGUGACGUACAACAAAGUGCAAAUCAAACACAAAUGUUUAUGGCAGGUUUUUUUUAAAUCGCUGUACGCUGUACACACAAUAAAAAUAUGCAUACACAUAUCCCGAAAUGGAAAAUGUAUUGUUUUGAAACACUAUAUGGAAAGUUCAUAUGACAAUGCAGUAAUGUCACAUUACUUAUUUUUUUUAUUUAAUUGAGAGUCUGUAAUAUGGCAGGUGAUUCUUCUUGCCGUUUUUAUCUUGAAAUCUAUUUUGUAAAUUCUAUGUGUAAAAUAUGUUUUUCUUUUAAAGCUGUCUUCAGGCCUCAUUGUAUUUGAAAGAUUUGCUUUAUCUGUAUAUUUUGUGAAAAUUGUAUGGAGUACAAAUUAUGCACUACAGAAGAAAAACUAUUGACUAACGUAUUUUGUGUGUAUUUAAGUGAUAAAGUUUAUGAAAAUACUGUUGUGGUUUUUAUUCAAUAAACUACUUAUGCUAUUUUGCUAUCCUCUGA